AUAAGAAGCUCGGAGAUAACAUGGGUCAUAUAUUAACCCUCCCUCAGCAUCAGCCCUAGUCCGGACCUCAACUGAUUUAUUACACACACUCACUCAUCCUGAAAUGGCGAGCAAGAAGGCUGCUAAUAGGAGACAGCGCGGAGCCCAGAAGGCUUGCUCAAAUGUCUUCUCAAUGUUUGAGCAGUCUCAGAUACAGGAGUUUAAAGAGGCCUUUGGCUGCAUUGACCAAGACAGAGAUGGUGUUAUCAAAAAACAAGACCUAAAGGAGACUUAUGGACAACUAGGAAAGCUCAAUGUCAAUGAUGAAGAACUAGAAGAAAUGUUGAACGAGGGAAAGGGUCCGAUCAACUUUACGGUGUUCCUGAGUCUGUUUGGAGAGAAACUAAAUGGUACUGACCCGGAGGAAACCAUAGUGGCUGCCUUUAAGCUCUUUGACCCUAAUGCAACAGGCUCCAUCAACAAGGAUGAAUUUAGGCGGUUAUUGAUGAACCAGGCUGACAAAUUCACAGGAGAAGAGGUGGACCAGGCGUUUGCAGUAGCUCCGAUAGAUGUGGCUGGAAACCUGGACUACAAGUCUCUCUGCUACAUCAUCACACAUGGAGAUGAGAAGGAAGACUCCUAAACAUAUUAUGUUGGUUGUCCUGGUUCUAAUAAAGUCGUUCAACUAGUG